AGCAGGUGCUGGCGGUGCAGGUUGUGAUCAUACGAGAUCAGCUCGACUCUACGGUGAGAGUUUUAGAUACUAUGCUUCUUUCAUCUAGUGCCCCCGACUCACAGCCCCCCACUGAACUUCAAAAUGGGUAACCGCUUCUCCCGAUCAGGAGCCGACCAAGGCCGCACCCAGCAACUGAUGGAGCCAGCCGACCAACAAUCCGGCGCCCGCUCCGUCGCUUUCCGCGACCAGGUCCUCGCAGAGCAAAACGGAGCCCUCCAGCCAGACCAACCCCCCGGGUUUCUGAAACGCCACUUUCCCCAUUUGCGGUGGCGAAGCGUCCAGGGCGUCUGCAUCGUGCUCGAAUGCGUAAUUUUUCUGAUUGCCUGCCUCGUGAUCACCCCCCGGGGGUACAUCACCCCCGAUAUCAAAGUGAAAAAAGCCCCCACGACCCCAUAUCAAAGAGACAAUUUGUGUUGCUGGAUUUGUGUACACAAAUGAACUUUGUGUUGCAGCAAGAGCUUGUCGGCAUAUUCUAAGCCCAUUUGGGUACGCAUCCGGCUAGCAGCUGAGCAUGAGAAACAAGUCUGACAUGGGCGAAAACGCAUGACAGACUCGCUGUACCAUGCGCCACAUGGGUGCCGUUUGCCUUGUACGCAAGACAAAGGUGAUUUGUGGUCACAAAUCAGCAUGACAAAUUUUCUUUUCGAUAUGGGGUGGGGGGAUUUUUCCUUACAAUACCCGAACCGCUCGCGAACUGGAAGCUCGGCUCCUCGGACCGCACGAUGGAGCAGUGCGCCUACGUGUUGCAGGACAAGUACUGGAUCGAGCUCCGGCGAAUGAUUGUGCCGAUUUUUCUGCACGGCAACAUCCCCCACAUUCUCAUGAGCCUCUACUUCCAAUUCUCCGAGGGCACGACGACGGAAGCGGAAUUUGGGCCGGUGAAAUUCUUCAUCGUGUUUUUAGUCACUGGGAUUUCCGGCAACCUACUCUCCGACGCGUUCGGCGUGAACGGGGUAGGGGCGAGCACGAGCUGCUACGGCUUGAUUGGCGUGCAAGUUGGCCGGUUAUUCGUCGUCGAGUGGCCGCACAUUGAGGACAUGCAGCUGAAGACGAGAUUACACGAGCAUUGGAUGCGGGUGGUGGGCAUGCUGGCCGCCUGGGAAAUCCUGAACUGGAGCACAAUCGACCACUACGGGCAUCUCGGCGGGUUCCUUGGGGGUAUGUGCCUGGGCUGCGUGUUGCAGAAACACACCAGUAUUCGGUUCACCCCUUUGUCCGACCAACGACUCUUUGACGCGAACAAUCCGCAGCAGAUGGUGGCGCCGACGAAAAAGCAGCGCGCUUGGGCGUCGGUGGUGUUGUUUGUGCUGAUGUUUGGAUCCGCUGGGAGGAUAUACUGGAGUAGCAGCGUGACCGAGCUAGAAAUGCUCUGUCCCAUGAUGUGGCAACGGUACUUCAUGGAACAAUAA